ACAUGGUUUCCCUUCUCCUUGACGCAAGUAGCCGGUCGACAUGUCGCGAUGGCUCCUUAGAAUAGAGAAGCAGUCGCUGCGCCGAGUCAAGAAGCUCUUAAUCACCGUUGACAGGAUAAGCAAGCGCGUCAGGAAUCUAAAGCUCAUCUGGAAGUUCUCCAUAGUCUGCUUCGCUAUUCUCCUUUUCCAGGGUAUCGCAGGGCCGCAUUGGGGAUCAGACGUAGAAUCGGGACCGUACGUUAGGUCGCAUUUUUUUCCAGAAUCGGACGGCCAAGGCCGAGAACAUUAUGGGAGACGGUAUGAUAGUGGGUACGAGAGGAGGGGACAGAGGACAGCAGAGACAUAUUCAAAUGUCAGAAGCGGGAGAUACAGUAACGAGAAUUCGCUGUAUUCGGAAAGUUUGGAAGGUUAUACGGACGGAACUAGGGCAAGACAAGCUUUUCAGGACAAGCAGCUGCAGCAGUACAGUGAUAAGUUGGAAUCGACGAAUAGUUACAGCUCACCGGCGGUUCAGCAUAAGAAGAUAGAACCUCGUCCCGGUAUAAUCACACGACUGGCGAUUUCCUUAUGGCGUUUCGUGUCCAGGCCAGCAGCUCCGCCUGUUAACCAAGCCCCAUAUUGUCACAUUCACAGAAUAAAGAGCCGAAGCACCAGCAACAGCAGCAGCAGCAGCAGUAGCGACGGUAGUGACGGCAGAACGACGGAUGAAAUACACACUGAGAAAGAAGGAGAAGCGGAGGUGGAGGAAAGAGAGGAGGGGGAGGAGGGGGAGAGAGACAGAGACAGAGACAUAGACAGGGACAGGGAAAGGCUAACAGAGAUAAAUAAGAGAAGGGAAGAGGAACUCCUUAACAGCGAUCCUUCCUCCAUUCGCUACGCUUACGUCACGCUACUAUGUGAUGACGUCAUGGCCCCUGGAGCCAUGGUUCUGGUGCACUCCCUGAAGCGCACGGGGACCCCGCAUGACGUGGUUGUGCUUACAAUGAAUGUGAGUGUAGGCACGGCGUCGCGGCUGCAGCUGCUGGGAGCGAGAGUGCGGCAAAUUGAAGAGGCGAUUCCGUACCCGUUCCCAGCCACGCCCAACAGAGUCGCCAUCAACAAACCGUGCAGGUACUCCAAGCUCUGGAUGUGGACGUUGACAGAGUACCAUCGCUUGGUCUAUGUGGAUGCCGACCUGCUGGUGUUAAGCAACAUCGACGAGCUCUUCUGCCACGACGAGCUCUCUGCUGCUCCCGACACCAUUCCGCCUGACCGCUUCAACAGCGGGCUCAUGGUGGUGGCGCCUAGCCACGACACGUUCAGGGAUAUGCUGAGCAAGGUAGCAACCACCAAGUCACCCAACGUGGGCGAUCAGGGCUUUUUAAACAACUACUUUUCUGACUGGUACUCCCAAGGCCCCUCGCGCCACCUGCCGUAUGCCUUCAACCCGCUGGUCCGCCUGAGCGGGUGGGAGGGGUGGGAGCGGUUUGUGCAGCCGCAGCUGAGGGUGCUGCAUUUUUCCGGGAGCACCAAGCCAUGGAACACCAUGGAGGACAAGCAGUUCCCCACCACUCGCAGUUUGGACCAUACCUGGCUCGCAACAUACAGCGAUAUGCUGCAGGCGCUUGCGCGGGCCACGGCUGCUGCUAAGGCGGCUGGGAGUGCCAAUGCUGGCGGUUCUGCUGCUAAGGCUAAUGAGGGUGGCAGUACUACUGCAAGUGAUGCUGUCACGGGAGGUGAUGGAGUUGACAGGAGUGCUAUGAGCUAUGAAUUCGCGCCUCUUUCCUCCAUUUGUCAAGAGGAGAGCACGGGGAAUAACAGUGUUCUUUAUGACAGGCUCACCGUGGUGCUCACAGCAACCGGCAACCCACAGCAAACCCUACAAGCCAUCCGCCACUACGCCUCAGCGCCGGUCGUGCAAGACGUGUUUGUCCUUCUGUCGGAUGACGAUCCACUGGUUUAUAGUACAAGCAGCAGUGACAGCACCGGCGGAUACAGCAGCGCGGGCAGCGACGGUGGUGGCAGCAGUGGCAGUGGCGGUGGUAGCAGUAGCCCAUUGCCUCUUGUGGGGGGACAGAGGCCAGUUGUCAUGCUCCCUCUCCACAACCCGUCUGCAACUGCUCGCUUCCACCCGAUUCGAUCCCUCGCCACUGCUCCAGUCUUAGUGAUAGACGAUACCAUGCUGGUGCCCCCUGCUCUCCUCUCCACCGCAUUCCACCGCUGGCAAGAGGCCCCCAACCGCCUCCUCGGCUUCCUCCCCUCUGCCCACUUCCGCCUGACCAAGGGCAUCUUAAAAGGCCGGCUGGCCGUGCACGCGUCCCUAGGCCCGGGAGGGGACUAUUCCAUAGUGACCGGCGGAAUGCUGCUGCAUAGUAACUACCUCCACUACUUCAGCUGCACUAUGAAGGAAGAGGCUAGGCGAUAUCUGGAGGGAGAGGAGGGAAGUGAGGGUGAGGGUGGGGGAACAAGCGGCGGCGGUGCGCUGGCUAAUCCUGCGGCGAGGGCGUGUGCUGACGUGGCGAUGAACAUGCUGGUGACUCAUCUUUCUGAUCUGUCACCGUUGACGGUGUACGACUCGACACAGGAGGUCCAAGGCCCGUUCCCCAUGCCGCCUGCUCCUGCCAUGGGGAAGUGCCUCAACGACCUCUCAAUCCACAUGGGCUUCAUGCCUCUCAAGAACACAAUCGACGCAGUCACAGUUAUGCACAAGGACUCAUACAUCUAUGAGCCCAAGCUCCGUGUGGCCCCCAUCCCCCCUGUCUUCUCCCCUAUCCUCAACGGCUCUCUCCUCUCCACCCUCCUCCACCUCAUCCCCCGCCGCUACCGCCGCUUCCUGCCUGCUCUGGAAGCCAGCAACCCGCUGGUGCUGGCCAUUCCCAGUGCGGCUGCUCCCAAGCACGCCGUGUGCCUCCGGCUAGCGCCAGCAUCAGCACAAGACCACGAACCAGCAGUGCAGCUCUCUCUUUCCGAAGCCAUCUCCUCCCCACUCCACGCACUCCACCUCUCGGGCACCACUGUCCUCGCUUUCACCCAGCCCGCUGACACCCGAACAAGCACAGAUAGAAGAUAUUCACAGCAGGAUCUUCAUGCAAGGACUAACUGGGGUGGAUCGGAGGAGGUGCCAGGGUUUGAUGAUCCGUUGGCUGUGCUCCAUCUGGCGUCGAGGCUGGCUGAUUGGAGGCGGUCUGAAGGGUGCUUCGCGCCCUCCCGACUCGUGCUCUUCCGUGGGGAUAGGCUUCAAUCAACACUGCGCCAUUCUUCCCCAUGGGCAUCCCUCCUGCUCACGUCAACCCUGGGCGAUGCUGCCUUCCCGCCCUUCAAACUGCCACCCAUAACCAGCACCACCACCAGCAGCAACAGUGCAGAGAGUAUGGUUAUCAGCAGCACGGUUACAGACGGUGGUGCUCCUCCGGUGGUGUGCUUUGACCGGGUGGUGCUGCUGCGUGAUCCCGUGUCUCCUGUGGUUCACUCUCACGGUGGUGAGGAUGGUUAUGGCACCGGUAGUGACCGCAGCAGCAUGGGUGGCGGGGUAGAUGGUGCUAGCGGUGGCAGUAUGGAGGAGGGGCAGGGGAGGGGGCAAGGGAGGGUGCUCAACUGUGAGAGAAGGGUUGCUGUCAUUCGAUCUGCCCUUCACCAUACAUGCAGUCUUCAGGCACCUGUCAGUUCCUCUCUGACGAUCUUCAUUGCUGGUUCAGACGCCAUAUGGAGACAACACAUGCCGCCCGCCCUGCAUCCCGCCAACCUGACUGCAGCUCUGCAGAAAGAGUGCUCCCGGGCACGUCUUCCGUGUGAAGUGUUGCGUGCACAGGGUGACGAUGCAUGCGCUGAUCAGGUUCCUGCAUGGAUUCAGGCUGAUUUGGUCCUGCUACCAUGGGUUGCCGCACCAUCCAACAACUCUACAGCGAGUAUAACUAAAAAGGACAAAAAGCUACAGGAAAAGGAGGAGUUGGAGCUACACUACAGGCCAGAAUUGUUCCAGUAUUUUGUGCUUCUAAGACGGGGAUCCGCUUUGGCACAUCUUUACCCCCCUCGGACCCCGAAACUACCACUGCAGUUCGCCCAGAAAAGGCUAGGGUGUUUUGGGGUUUCGUACUCACAGCUGCCCGUAGGCGUGGGUUCCAGUGCCGGGUUUCAAGGGAUCUUGAAAUGGACAAGAGAGAGGCUAGUAGAAUGGAAGAGGAGAGAGGGUGAAGGGGAUGAGGGGAGGAGUGAGAGAAGAGGAGAUAGGGAGGAGGUUAUUGAGUAUUCGUGUGUGAAUAGAGAGUUAGGGCAUGUGGGUGUCCAGCAAGAUGAGGAUGAGACGUUGUGGGGUAUGGAUGAGAAUGAGACAGAUGAGAAGACUUGACGGAAUCAAUCAAAUGGUCAAGUACGUGUUGUCACCUUUCCAAUAAGCACAAGGUGGGAGUAAUGUUUUUCUUGUAGGACUCCUCUCAUGCCAAUUUGUGGCUUAAAGCCCCAAGCUA